ACAUCUAUUCAAAAUGUGCUGUUUUUCACAAAGUGGGUUCUAUGUUUGCGUUUUGCUUAUUAAGAGAGUUAUGAAGUAAGACGAUCUUUUCCAGAUUACACCACAUUAGAGCAAUAAGGUGGAGUCCAGAGAUGCAUUGUAUUAGACUGGUGGUGAUGAAUGUGUUUCCAGACCGGCUAAUGUACAUUUCAGUGAUGAAUCACUACAAAAUGGAUCACAAAAUCUUAAUGCUGAAAGUAGUCAUCAAUUAUUUGUCUGAGAUAUGAGCUGCUACCAAAGAUAGAAUGAUGUAGGACCCACAUGUGAAAAAUAGUGGUAUUGUGCUAUAAAAAUACCCUCCUCCUCUUCAGUCGUCUUUCCUCUGGUGUAUCAACACUGAUGUGUGAAGUGUUUGUUCUUCAGACAUAAUUUGAAUGCGUUCUGCUGGAAUGUUACUAUAACUGUCGAAUUAUUCAAACUAUGAGCAAUACUGCAUUACGUUUAUUUAAUUGAAUUGUUUUUGAUGUUGUGUACCCAAAAGAGUAUUAUUUAUUAUUGUAUAUCUCUAUCAGUUUAAUAUGACUGUUUCUGUAACUUUAUUUUGGAUGUGCUGCAUACAAAGCCUUUUUAAGUCUCCCUGGCAGACUGUGGUGUGGGUCACAGGCUGUGGGCUCCUUAAUCAUCCUCUGUACCUUUAAGGGAACCACGUACCUUUUUCAUCUAGCAGAUUCUGCCUGAUAUGAACUCCCAUCAAUUCUACAGGAUCCUUUAUUCCCAGAGUGGAGCAGAUUCGGAGGGGCUGAUGCUGGAGAGCUCUUUGCCGCCUCUGCAGCAUUUGAUUAGGUUGUGACAACAAAAGCUGUAUUUAGAAUUUGAAGUUUUGUUUCUACUGUAGUUCACACUCUAGUGUGUUAACAUUGUUUUUGGAAUCUUUCUUUUUACCCGGCAAUUACUUAAGACAUGUGUGUUUUUGCACUCCGAGUGUUUUUGGGAAUCCUUCUUUGUGCACCAUACCAGUGCUUGGAGUGUGCUUUUGGCUGUGAGUGUUUGGCUGUCACUCGCACAGUGAAAUGUGUUUCCAAUGACCUGCUCACGGUGCCACAAAGUAUUCCAGGAUAUGCGAGGACUGUCAUCGUCAUAGGGAAUAAUAUACACCAGAUUGGACCUGAAUCAUUUACAGAGCUGGAGAACGUCACAAACAUCAUUUUAAGCAAUAAUCGGAUUACAGAAAUGGCAUCCCACAGCUUCUUUGCCCUCAUCAACCUGCGUUUCCUGGACCUCAGUGGGAACCAGCUGGCGCUCAUCCAUCCAGAAGCUCUCAGUGUACCGGGCAGUCCCCUUCAGGAACUCAACCUGAGCCGCUCGCUGUACAACUUCAGCGCUCUGACAGACCUCACCACGGCUUUGCGCUGGGGUGGCCUCGUGGGGCUUCUCCGCCUCGACCUUUCUGGGAACCACCUCACCCUGCUGCCCCCAGGGAUGUUCUCCCACCUUCCCAACCUGCAGCAGCUCUUCCUCACUAACAACUCUCUGGUGGCUGUCUACAGUGGAACCUUCUCUGGCAUGCACCAUCUGGAGGUACUGGACCUUACUCGCAAUGCCUUUGGGACAUUCGGGGCUGAUGCUCUGCAAGAGUUGGAGAAGCUCGGGAACAUCCGAAUCCUCCUUGGUGACAACCCCUACACCUGCUCCUGUCAGAUCCAUACUUUUGUGGCCUGGCUGAAUGAAUCAAGAGCUCAGGUAGAUGUGGAUGCUGUAAGGUGUGCCUCACCAGGGGGGUUGAAUGACACUCUGCUGCGAGGGCUCAGUUUCCAGGCCAUUGGAUGUGUCGUUUCAGUCCAAGCAGAGGCGGCUGACCUCACCCUGCAUACGUCCUAUGUCUUCCUGGGCCUGGUGCUGGGGUUUGUGGGUAUGGUGUUUCUCUUUGUGCUCUAUCUGAAUCGCAAUGGUAUGAAGAAGUGGAUAUUCGAAAUGAGAGAUGCAUGUAGGGACGUGCUUGAGGGAUAUCACUACCGAUAUGAGAUUGACUCAGACCCUCGGCUGGGGCACAUCUCAGCAGAUAACGUUGGAUGCAGGGCACAAAGGCAUUUAGGAUUAGCUCGACCACAGCAGCUGCCAAAUAAAACCUGUAUUCUGGAGGUUCCUACAGACACAGAGGUCAAACAGGUGACAACCUCUCCACCUGGGAACCUUUGAUGUUUUAGAGAAGCUAAAAUAAUUUGACGAAGUAUGAGAAAGAUGUAGAUGUUAGCAGUUUAUCCUGGUAGAUUUACAACACAUUAAAUGUUUUUGAGCUUCAUGUACAUACAGCAGAUAUAACUUAUAAACCUCACAUUAAAAGUGCCUUUGUGUCUUUGAAGCACUGGCACAUAUCUCUGUAAAUUGACCUUGCUAAGAUGUUACAUUUUUAUAAAAAUAUAAUACAUAAGCUACAUUGAAAAAAUAAGACAGCCCCCAUGUCAUUUUUUGUCAACAGUGUUUCUUUGCUUUUUGGUAUUAGUAUCGUGACUUUAAAUAUCUUAACAUACUGCAGAAGAACAUAGGUGGUAGCUCAAUAGCAUAGAAAAUUUAUGUUGACCUAAAAAACUGUAAUCCAUAGACACCCAGUAGAUUUUAUAAUAGGACUUUAUAAGAUUGCGUAUGUGUAUUGCGUAAAAUAAAAAAUAAUCCUUAAAUUCACUUAACCGUGUGUCAUUAUUGU